GUUAGCAAUUUGCUGGCAGGUUGUGGAACACAGAGACAGGCAAACUAAAGCAGAUACAGCGAAAGCAAUGCUUGAGUGCAGAGCAUGUCGGAAUACAGCGUGGUUGAGAGUCCGUGAGAAUACGAUGUUUUUUUGAAGUGUCAUUCUAGUGACAUGAGAAAGCACAGCAACAGAAAAAGCCUUCACAACGACAUUUUCAUUUACAGGCAACUUUAUUGUGUAGCUAAAUGUGAAAUUGCGUUGUCCUAGGUGGUAGCGUGAAUGUACUGGAUACAGUAGAAUACUACAACUCACACAAAAGUGAUUGCACUUUCGAAUCCAAGUUCCGAAGACAAUUGGAUAUUGUAUUGCGAUUUGAUAAUAAAAGACUGACGUGCUGAUUAAGAUCUGGAACUUGUAUUUUGCUACUGCAUGCUUAAUCGACUUACUCAGAAACUACGUAGCUAGUAGUGUUAUCGUAGAAGCCACACAUUUACUAAUCUUAGUAUUGUGCAAUUUAUAUUUUGCUGGCUGAAAACUAUCGUUUGCAAAAUCAAAAUUGACAACAAUAUAGAGUAAUUUGCUAUUUGAAAGUUACUGGGAUUGUGAUACUGGUGCACAUGUCAAAAGUUGCAGCAGUCAGUAGUGAGAGAGCUUUCCACACACCGUCGAUUUUGGGAACAAACAGAUCUUAAGUUCUCAAGAUAAGUGAUCUGCUUUUUUUAUUUAUUUAUUUUUUUGUUCCAUUACGGGACAUCAGCGUUGAUAUGCCAGGAGGAUGACCAACAGAGGCAGCCCAGUGAAGGCUUAUGAUUUUCUGCUCAAGUUCCUGCUGGUCGGAGACAGCGAUGUUGGGAAGGGAGAAAUCUUGUCAAGUCUGCAGAAUGGAGCCAGUGAGUCUUCUUACGGAUACAACAUGGGGAUUGAUUACAAGACCACAACCAUUCUGCUGGACGGACGGAGGGUAAAACUGCAGCUGUGGGACACAUCUGGCCAGGGGAGGUUCUGCACGAUAUUCCGCUCCUACUCCAGAGGUGCCCAGGGCGUGAUCCUGGUUUAUGACAUCACCAAUCGCUGGUCAUUUGAUGGUAUUGACAGGUGGAUCAAGGAGAUUGAUGAGCAUGCACCAGGUGUUCCUAAGAUCCUGGUGGGAAAUCGUCUUCACCUGGCCUUCAAGAGACAGGUGACUACAGAGCAGGCCCAGGUCUACGCAGAGCGCCUCGGCAUCACCUUCUUCGAGGUGAGCCCUCUGUGUAACUUCAACAUCACCGAGUCCUUCACAGAGCUGGCCCGGAUCGUACUGAUGAGGCACGGGAUGGAGAGGCUCUGGAGGCCCAACAAAGUGUUGAGCCUUCAGGACCUCUGCUGUCGAUCCAUAGUGUCCUGCACCCCUGUUCACCUGGUGGACAAGCUCCCUCUCCCUGUUGCCUUAAAAAGCCACCUGAAGUCUUUCUCCAUGGCCAAUGGCCUGAACGCCAGGAUGAUGCACGGACGCUCGUAUUCCCUCACUGCCAGCAAUGGUAACAAGAGGAACAGCCUGAAGAAAACCAAAAUGAUUGGUCCUCCUCAGAGCCCAUCACAGAGCUGUGCCAGGAAGAGCUGCAAGAUCUCCUAGCCCCGCCCCCAGCAAUAACUACAGGGAAUUACUGACUGAAACCCUUUCAUUCAAGGACCCCCAGAAGCUCUUCAUUACCGGGCUUCAUGGAAAGGAGAUGAAAUAAUAAUGGUGAAUGUUGGGAUCUCUUUCUGGGUUCACUCAGAUUAAUGUUGCUGCUAAAUCAAUAUUGUAGAUUAGGGAAAACAAUGCACUGUAAUGGUGUGCAGAUGUAAAUCUUUACCCGGGAGGUGUACAGAAUGUAAAGAGACUUUUCUUUUUAGUUUGGGUUUUGGUCUGAGCCAUUCUUAAUGAAUUAAAAAUAAAUACAUGGAAAGUAUGUGAGGCUUUUUUUUUUUUUUUUUUUGUUAAACAUGGAAAUAAGUGAUUGUGUGUAAUCAAAACUAUUUAAAUUUUGGGUGGAGUUUCGAUGCAAUAUACUUAUUGUAAAAUAACUACAUUAAAGUUUGCUGACCAUUGAAAUGGAUUUUCAUUUAAGCCUGUUUCAAGUAUUCCUUGGAAUCUCACAAGCCCUAAUUAAAGGUUGCUCCAGAAACCUGUACAUAUAUUUAUAUACAGGAAAAUCUGCUUUGUGUAUUUAAUAUGUAUUAUGUUGUUUGAUACUUUUGUGCUUUAUUGCUUGGUUUGUAUCAUAUAUUUCAUUUUUAAAGUGUAAAGUGAUAGGGAUUGCAAAGAGGAAGGAAGAUGCCAAAUAUAUUGGUGGUAAAGUGAAGUUGGAGCAAUGGACAAAAGGGUUUUUACAAAGUGUUUUGUAAAUUAUGAUCACUAUUAUUAACAAUAAAUGUUUCAAACAAGAAAAGACUUAUUUUUCACAUAUUUUCCCCUCAGUCUGCGUUGUUUCCUUACAUGGUUAUCUUAACUAAAUAAAGU